UGCACGCGCCUGCCUUCGAAAGGAAAGAUCGCGGUGAGGGAGAGGUAAAGAGAGAAAGAAGGAACGAAAGAGAGAGCGCGGCGCCCCUUGCCUCCGUUUUCAGUGCUUCAGUCGCGCGACGACGCUCUCGGACGCUUUAGUCAGUCGGUCGGUGACGAAGCUCCCAAACGUGAUCACGCGCCGUUACGUUACGUUACGUUACGUUACGUUACGUUACGUCGUCCCGUCGAAGGGAAAACGAGAGCGAACGAGACGGAGAGAAACAGGAGAGAGGACGAACGAACGAAUUAUAUACACGUAUAUCGGUUAAAAGGGACAGGCUAACAAUAAUAAUCAUAACAACACGAGCAUCGGGAGCGACGACUUUGAUGGUUGCAAGUCGUGCUCUUUAAACACGAACCUCUACGAACUGUUCCGACCAGUGCAAAUAUCGAGAAGGCCAUUUUCGUCGCUGGCUUUACACGCGGCGAAAGAAAGCGCGCGAGUGAGAGACCGAUCGCCGAGAGAAGGAAGCGCGAUCGUGGACGAGACACGAGAUUACGGACGAGUAGCCCACACGUUUCCAGUGUGCGAACAACACUCACGCGGUGCGUUCGAAUACACGCACGUCGCCGAGGAACGGACGAAAAAGGAGCAAGGCGGAGAGCGAUCACCGGCGAGUCAACGAUUUUAUUUUUGUACGGUGCAUCGUUGUUUUUCCUAAAUACAUUUACUCGUGACCACGCACAGUUUCUUGGUGUGAGGCGGCACUCUAGUCCCUCGUCCUAAAUAAUCGUGUGUGCGGUGUGUUCACGCGCUCGCUCACGCGUGUGUUUUCAUUGUUUUUUCCGAUCAUUUCGAAUUAAAGACUCUGUUUAACGUGGACACCUCUGAACGGCCAACGAUUCAGCCACGAGCGAAACUACAGCUAACAAAAAAGACGACACAGGUUGUGAAGACAAGCGAGAUUACGGUCAAGAGAGAAAAAAAUAUAGUGAGAAACUGUGAUUUACGCCCUGUACGAUACACACGUGCAUAAGUACUACUGACUUUGUCACUGCGAUAAAACGCGAUAUUUAGUUGAGCCAACAUGCCGAGUUUGUUCAGCGAAAUGGAUCGCGGAGCGAAUGGCGGUGCGGCCACUUCCCUCGAGGACCAACGAGCCCUGCAAUUGGCAUUAGAAUUAUCUAUGCUCGGUCUCGAGGGAUCUCCUGGAUGCCCAGGAACCGGCACAGGUACCGGCACCGGAACAGCCAACGAUCCGGAUCCUCUGCAAACGACACCAGCGGGCGUAUUCGAGGAGGCACGUUCUAAGAAGAGCCAGAACAUGACCGAGUGCGUGCCGGUGCCUAGCAGCGAGCACGUGGCGGAGAUCGUCGGCCGACAAGGUUGUAAAAUCAAGGCCCUGCGAGCGAAGACGAACACCUACAUCAAGACGCCGGUGCGCGGCGAGGAGCCGGUGUUCGUGGUGACGGGACGCAAGGAGGACGUGGCCCGCGCGAAACGCGAGAUUCUGUCCGCCGCGGAGCACUUCUCUCAGAUCCGCGCGUCGCGCAAGAGCUCGCUGGGCGCGUUGUUGGGUGUUCCACCGGGUCCGCCGGCGUCGGUUCCGGGCCACGUGACGAUUCAGGUACGAGUCCCGUACAGAGUGGUGGGUCUGGUCGUGGGGCCCAAGGGCGCGACCAUCAAGAGAAUCCAGCAUCAGACGCACACCUACAUAGUGACGCCGAGUCGCGACAAGGAGCCGGUGUUCGAAGUUACCGGUCUCCCGGAGAGCGUCGAGGCGGCGAGACGCGAGAUCGAGGCGCACAUCGCGCUGAGGACCGGCGGUAGACCGAACCUGGACGAUUCGGAACUGCUGAACGCGCUCUGUCACGGAGGGUUGGGCUCGAUCCUCUGCUGCCUCGAUCCGCCCGGCUUGAAGGGUCUGAAGGGCUCGAACGGGUCCAGCGGCGCGUUCUCCAGCAGCAGCGGCAGCUGCAGCAGCUCGUCCAGCAGUUCCGGCGCGCCCGGACUGAACGAGCUGGUGGCGAUCUGGGGCGCCGGUAUGGAGAGGGACGAGGGUCUCGGCGAGUCGCCGUCGUUCGAAUCCAUGACAGCAUCCGCGUCGUCGAUCUGGUCGUUCCCCGGCGUCGCGCUACCCUCGAGGCCAUCGCCGCCGGCGUCGGCGAGUCCAGCGUCACCCACGGACUCGCUGUUGGGCGGUGGACGACGGGAAUGCGUGGUGUGCGGCGACAAGGAGGUCACCGCCGCCCUGGUACCGUGCGGACAUAAUCACUUCUGUCUGGAUUGCGGCAACCGGGUCUGCGAGAGUUCCGAUCCCAGCUGCCCAGUAUGCUCCAGGCCCGUCUUGCAGGCGCUUCGUAUCUUCUCUUAA